AUGAAACGUGCAAAUACCACCAGUGAAAAUUCCAUUAGUAUCAACAACAAAUCUAAUCUAUCAGUUGAAGGAGUAGUUGUAGCCAUUAGCAAUAUGACACAUAAACAAAACCAAAGAACAACUUCAUUUUGGACUGCAUUAUUAUGUCAGUCAGAUCAGAACAUCAUCCGAAUCACCAAAUACUUAUCAUGUAAACGCAAAUGUGCAUUGCAUGAAAAACUAGUUGAAUUUUAUAAUAAACAAGAUGCUUGUCAACUGAAUAAAUUAAAAUUCAAUACCGACGACAGUUAUACUGCAACCACAGAAACAACGGUAGUAGCCAAACAAACAUCAAUUAAACCGACUUGUUUAGAAGUCAUUCCACUUGAUCAAAUUGAAAGUAAAUGUGAUGGUGAAUAUGGUAGUUUUCUCGCUAAAAUUCUUGAAAUCGGUUCUGAUGAAAGUGUAGUUUUUAAUAAUGCAAAAAAACGAGUUUUGAAAUUGAAAAGAGCAAUUCUUGUUGCCGAUAAAACAUCCUCCAUAUGCAUGAAUAUAUGGCAAGAUCAAUUUGAUUUGAUCAAGCAAAAUUCAAGUUAUAAAAUUAAAUUAGCUAAAGUGAAAUUGUUUAACAACGAACUAUCUAUAACAACAAUUAGUAGCACAACAUUUGAGGAAAUUAACGACAUCGGCAAUGUACAAUCAUCUGAAAUUGUUGAACUUGAUCAUGAUAUAAAUAUAACUGGAAAUAUCGUUUCAAUCGGUUUAAUCGAACAAAAGCCGAUUUGUUCUAAAUGUUUUUCUAAAGAAGUCGAAACAACUGAAAAAAGUGUAAAAUGUAAACAAUGCAAGACAAGAUAUAUAACGAAAAACGAUGUUCAAGAUAAUCGACUAAAAUUAACUAUGAAUACGCCUGAUGAUGAACCAGUAGAAUUGAUUAUUGAAAAAGAAAAAAUCAAAGAAUUAUUAGAACAAUCUAAUUAUGAUUAUUUAUCUCAACAGGAUCCAUUGGAAAACGAAUCAGUUUUAUUAACAUUGUCAUCAAUCAAUCUUUCAAUUACGUACAAUUCAAAGAAUAAAAACAUCAUAAAUAUUGCAACCUAUGAUACUCGAUCUUAA